CACUUCUUCUUUUCUGUUGAUGAAGAAAUCCUUAUUGUGUCUGACUAGCAUCCAGUGUCUCAUUAUGUGAUCUUCCCACUGCUGUGAUUUCACAGAGACGUGAGGCGCAGCUAUGAGUUUGACAGACGCAGCGAGUGGAUUUGUCCUCUUCCUUCUCUUUGUGUCAGUGGUACAGGGUCGGAAUGAUUGGAGUGUGAGGUACACCCCUACUACGAUCUGUGCUUUAAAAGGAUCAACUGUGGAAAUAGAGUGCACCUACACAAGUGGAAACCAUUAUAUUGCAGUUGAGGAAACAUUUUGGUAUAGGUCCACGAAACUUAAGGGUCAUGGACAUGUGGAUCUGACAACAGACUCAGACUAUACAGGUCGUGUGAAGUACAGUUGUUCUAUGAAGACUUGCACUCUGACAAUCAUGAACCUGAAGGCGAGUGACGCAGCUGUGUACUAUUUUGGUGUAAUAAGAAACCUAAACACUAGAAGUUAUUCUAGCAAAGCUGGAGUCACUCUGUCUGUCACAGAUCUACAGGUGCAGGUGCAGGUCAGUCAUUAUUAUUCCAGUUAUUCCACAGUCAAGUGUCAUAGCAGCUGUCUACCUACUCGUUCUUCCUACAUCUGGUACAGACAUGGACAGAAGCUUUCAGAAACAGGAUUAUAUUAUUCACCUUCCUACCUUUCUACUACUGACAGCUAUUCCUGUGCUGUAAGCGGAUACGAGGCUUUCCCCUCUCCUUCAGUGUGUGUCAAAGGUCGGUCCUGCAACAGAGUGACUUACACUGACAGACACAUCUGUGCUCUCAAAGGCUCAUCAGUGGACAUUUCUAGUUCUUACAACAGUUAUACAAAUAAUGUUGAAUCAAAAUUCUGGUUCAGAUUUGAACGUAGUCCUCAUUGGCAGAAUCCCUCAUGGCCUGAGGAUCUUACUAAAGAUCCCCAGUACUCAGGUCGUGUUCAGGUUCUUGAAGCAUCAACAGAACGUUCCACUCUGAGAAUCACUGACCUGAGAAAGAAUGAUUCAGCCCAGUAUCGCUUCAAAUUCAAAUCAGGACGGUUUGAAUUUGGGAAUGAUUUACCUGGUACAACUCUGACUGUCACAGAUAUUCAGGUGGUGAUGUUUGGAUCCUCUUUUAAUACAAAGCUCAAGUGUGACACAACUUGUCAUCUACUUGAUGGUUCUUCCUAUAUCUGGUUUGAAAAUGGACGGAAAAUGGACGAAGAAAAUUCUUAUUUGUAUUCAGUCUCAGAUAAAUACAGAAACAGCUACUCAUGUGCUAUUAAAGGACUUGAGAAUUUCCCCUCUUCUCCACUGUGUAUCAGUGAUUCUAGCUGCAACAAAGUGACUUACACUCACAGAAGUAUUUGUGCCCUUGAAGGCUCAUCAGUGGAAUUUUCUUGUACUUACCAAACCCCUCAAUAUUCCAUUGAGUCAAAAUUCUGGUUCAUUGCUGAACAUCAGUGGCUGUAUCCCUCAGAGCCAAAGGACCUUCGUCAAGAUGCCCAGUUCUUAGGUCGUGCUGAAGUCUCUGAAGUGUGGCCAAGUCACUCCACUUUGAGAAUCAGUCGCCUUAGAAAGAAUGAUUCAGCCCAGUAUCACUUUAAAUUCAAAACACAAAGCUUUGAAUGGGGGAACGAUUUACCUGGUACAACUCUGACUGUCACAGCUCUGCAGGUGCAGGUGACCAGAACAAUAACAAGCCACCCGUCUCAUACUCGGGCAGAACUCAAGUGUCACAGCAGCUGCAGUCCCACUGGUCUUUUUUCCUACGUCUGGUUUGAGAAUGGGCGGAAACUUCUGGAAGAAACAGCUUCUUAUACGCAUGACUUUUAUUCUGGGGACAGCAUCACCUGUGCUCUCAGAGGUCAUGAGGAUUACCCCUCUCCUUCAGUGUAUGCUCCAAGGGCUGCCUUGGCUGUGGUGACUCCAUCUGGUCAGAUAGUGGAGGACAGUUCAGUGACUCUGACCUGUAGCAGUGAUGCUAACCCAGCAGCUGAAUUCACCUGGUACAAUAACAGAGAAACAUUUAUCAGUAGAGGACCAGAGUUUGUCUUCAACACCAUCCACUCCUCUGACUCUGGAGAGUAUUCUUGCACAGCUGACAACGGGCUGGGAAAAUCAACUGGAAACAUCGUCAUCAAUGUGAAAUAUCCUCCAAAGACCUCUUCUGUCUCAAUGAGUCCCUCUGGUCAGAUAGUGGAGGGCAGCUCAGUGACUCUGACCUGUAGCAGUGAUGCUAACCCAGCAGCUGAAUACACCUGGUACAAGGAAAAUCAAACUCUGCCUGGAAAACAAGAACGCAUUCAUUUCAAUCCCAUCAGCUCUGAGGACAAAGGAAUCUAUCACUGCAGGUCUGAGAAUCAAUACGGACAAUUAAACUCUUCAUCUGUAUUCAUAGAUGUCCAGUAUCCUCCAAAGCUUCCCUCUGUGUCAGUGAGUCCCUCUGGUCAGAUAGUGGAGGGCAGCUCAGUGACUCUGACCUGUAGCAGUGAUGCUAACCCAGCAGCUAAAUACACCUGGUACAAGGAGAAUGAAGACUCACCAAAAGCUUCAGGACAGAUCUUCACCAUCACUGACUUCAGAGCUGAACACAGUGGGAAUUAUUACUGUGAAGCCCAGAAUGAAAGAGGACGUUAUAAGUCCACCUUACGUUCGACUGUUCUGGCAAGUUCGGCAAAAUCAGCAGCUGCUGCAUCAGUCACUGUUAUUCUAAUUCUGGCUGUCAUACCCCUCGCUGCCUUCCUGUGGAUUAGAAGAAAGAGAUUCUUGAAGCCACCAUCUGAGCGUGGAGAGGGACCGGGCAGCAAAACAGAGCGAACUGUAGGUUCAGGAAAUGAGCCGGAUGAACUUUUCUACGCCAGCGUGAGCUUCACUAAAAACCAGGAAGAUCCACUCUACUCCAACAUCACAGCAGCUCAGCCCAACAGACACAAGACAGAAGAAGAGGAGGAUGAUGAGGAGGAUGUAGAGUACACUGCUGUCAAUAUUCCCACUGCCACUCCAAAGUUGCACGGAGCAGCUAUGAGCUUAACAGCAAUGGCGAGUGGAUUUGUUGUCCUUGUUCUCUCUGUGUCAGUGGUACAGGGUCAGGAUGGCUGGGGAGUGACUUACACUUCUGCCCAGAUCUGUGCCUUUAAAGGAUCAACAGUGGACAUACACUGCACCUACACAUACCCACCCAGGAUAAAUGGCCUUGAUACUACUAUUGAGAGAACAUUCUGGUUCACUAAAGGGAGUAAUAAAGAACCUGUGGAUCUGAGAACAGACUCAGACUACACAGGUCGUGUGCAGUAUCACUGUGCUGAGAACAGCUGCACUCUGACAAUCACAGACCUGAGAGAGAGCGACUCAGCUGUGUACAAGUUCAGGUUCAUCGCAAACCAAGAUGGUGGACGUUUUACUGGUUCACCUGGAGUCACUGUGUCUGUCACAGGUCUACAGGUGAUCGCCUCAAAAAUCUCCAAGUAUUCUUUCUGGGCAGAUCUGAAGUGUCACAGCAGCUGUCAUCCACCCAAUUUCCCUUCCUACAUCUGGUACAGGAAUGGACAAAAUACUGGGAGAACAGGUUCUUAUUCAGACCACAUUAAAAAUGAAGACAGUAUUUCCUGUGCUUUUAAAGGACAUGAGGAUUUUCCUUCUCCCUCAGUGUGUGUUCGUGGUCAAUCCUGCAACAGAGUGACGUACACUGACAGAAACAUCUGUGCCUUCAAAGGCUCAUCAGUGGACAUUUCUUGUACUUACAAUGGCUAUUAUCAUGUCGAAUCAAAAGUUUGGUUCAGUCCUGGACGUAGUUUGUCUUGGAGGAAUCCCAAAGAGCCAGAGGACCUCAGGGAAGACUCCGAGUACUCAGGUCGUGUUGAAGUCCUUCAAACAGUGAGAGGACGGUCCACUCUGAGAAUCACUGACCUGAGAGAGAGUGAUUCAGCUGAGUAUCGCUUCAAAUUCAAAACACAAUGGUUUGAAUGGAGAAGCAGUUUACCUGGUACAACUCUGACUGUCAGAGAUCCAGAUGUACAGGUGCAGGUGAUCUGGACUUCUUCUGGUGUGAAACUGAUUUGUCACAGCAGCUGUCUUCUUCCUGGUCGCUCUGCCUUUGACUGGUUCAGGAAUGAAAUAAAAAUCCAGGGAGAAACAUCUCCAACUUUUAGAGGAAAUGUUGAUCCUGCAGACAGUUAUUCCUGUGCUUAUGAGGGUCACCGAGCUUUCCCAGUGUAUGCUCCAAAGGCUGUCUCAGUGUUGAAGAGUGACCAUGAAGACAUUAUGAAGGACAGUGCAGUUUCUCUGACCUGCAGCAGUGACGCUAACCCACCGGCUACGUACACCUGGUAUGAAAAGAACCAAGUACUGCUCAGUGAAGCAGCACAGCUCGUCUUCAACUCAAUCCAGCCCUCUGACUCUGGAGAAUAUCACUGUACAGCUGAGAGUGAGCUGGGGAGGGCAACAUCCACAUCUGUCUUCAUUAAUGUGAACUAUCCUCCAAAGCUUCCCUCAGUGUCAGUGAGUCCCUCUGGUCAGAUAGUGGAGGGCAGCUCAGUGACUCUGACCUGUAGCAGUGAUGCUAACCCAGCAGCUAAAUACACCUGGUACAAGGAGAAUCAAACUCUGCUUCAAGGACCUGAAGGCAUUUAUCAUUUCACCUCCAUCAGCUCUGAGGACAGAGGGAUCUACUACUGCAAGUCUGAGAAUCAACAUGGACAGAUCAACUCUACAUUUCUGUCCUUAGAUGUCCAGUAUCCUCCAGGUCUUCCCUCAGUGUCAGUGAGUCCCUCUGGUCAGAUAGUGGAGGGCAGCUCAGUGACUCUGACCUGUAGCAGUGAUGCUAACCCAGCAGCUAACUACACCUGGUACAAGGAGAAUGGCAGUCAACAACUUCAACUUCUUAGUGAAAAGACACAGCUUGUCUUCAGCUCCAUCCAGUCCUCUGACUCCGGAGAGUAUCAGUGUGCAGCUGAGAAUGAGCUGGGGAGGAAUAUAUCUCAGUACAUCUUGAUUAAUGUGAAAUAUCCUCCAAAGCUUCCCUCAGUGUCAGUGAGUCCCUCUGGUCAGAUAGUGGAGGGCAGCUCAGUGAAUCUGACCUGUAGCAGUGAUGCUAACCCAGCAGCUAAAUACACCUGGUACAAGACAAAUGGAAAUCUAGAACUUCAACCUCUCAGUAAAGAAUCACUGACCUUCAGCUCCAUCCAGUCCUCAGACUCUGGAGACUAUCACUGUACAGCUGAGAAUGAGCUGGGGAAUAAUACAUCUAAAUCCAUCUCUAUUGAUGUGACAUAUCCUCCAAAGCUUCCCUCAGUGUCAGUGAGUCCCUCUGGUCAGAUAGUGGAGGGCAGCUCAGUGACUCUGACCUGUAGCAGUGAAGCUAACCCAGCAGCCACUUGUACCUGGUACAAGGAGAACCAGCAGCUGCCUCAUGAACAAAACGGCAUUUAUCAUUUCACCUCCAUCAGCUCUGAGGACAUUGGGUAUUACCACUGCAAAUGUGGGAAUAACGUUGGACAGAUCAACUCUUCUUUAUUUAUAGAUGUCCAAUAUCCUCCAAAGCUUCCCUCUGUGUCAGUGAGUCCCUCUGGUCAGAUAGUGGAGGGCAGCUCAGUGACUCUGACCUGUAGCAGUGAUGCUAACCCAGCAGCUAAAUACACCUGGUACAAGACAAAUGGAAAUCUAGAACUUCAACCUCUCAGUAAAGAAUCACUGACCUUCAGCUCCAUCCAGUCCUCAGACUCUGGAGACUAUCACUGUACAGCUGAGAAUGAGCUGGGGAAUAAUACAUCUAAAUCCAUCUCUAUUGAUGUGACAUAUCCUCCAGUUCUUCCCUCUGUGUCAGUGAGUCCCUCUGGUCAGAUAGUGGAGGGCAGCUCAGUGACUCUGACCUGUAGCAGUGAAGCUAACCCAGCAGCUAAAUACACCUGGUACAAGACAAAUAGAAAUCUAGAACUUCAACCUCUCAGUAAAGAAUCACUGACCUUCAGCUCCAUCCAGUCCUCAGACUCUGGAGACUAUCACUGUACAGCUGAGAAUGAGCUGGGGAAUAAUACAUCUAAAUCCAUCUCUAUUGAUGUGACAUAUCCUCCAAGGCUUCUCUCUGCAUCAGUGAGUCCCUCUGGUCAGAUAGUGGAGGGCAGCUCAGUGAAUCUGACCUGUAGCAGUGAUGCUAACCCAGCAGCUAAAUACACCUGGUACAAGGAGAAUGAAGACUCACCAAAAGCUUCAGGACAGAUCUUCACCAUCACUGACGUCAGAGCUGAACACAGUGGGAAUUAUUACUGUGAAGCCCAGAAUGAAAGAGGACGUCAGAACUCCACCUUGUAUCUGACUGUUAAAGUUUUCCCAAGAGCGCAGAAAUCAGCAGUCAUUGGAAUAACUGCUGCUCUUUUCCUUGCUAUCAUACUCCUCUCUGUCUUCCUACUGAUAAGAAAAAAGAGGACCUCCAAGCAGUCAUCUGAGCCUGGAGAGAGACGUGACGACGGUGAGCAGUGUCUACCUGAUCAGCCAGGGGAGCCAGAGGAACAGGACCUUUACUAUGCCAGUGUCCGCUUUGUGAAGAACGAUACAGAUCCUGUCUACUCCAACAUCACAGGACCCCGCAGACACAAAGAGGAGGAGGAAGAGGAGGAGGAGGGUGUGGAGUACAGUGUUGUCAAAUUUAACAGUCAUCCCCCAAGAGCCCAGGAGACUGUAGAGGAUCCGACAGCAUUGUACAGCACAGUUAACAAACCCUGAUCUUAGAGCAGUGUCUGUCAGUCAGUCAGUCACUUCUUCCAUCACUUUGGUCCAGAUUUCACAACAGCUGCUGGAUGGAUUUCCAAAAAACUUUGUACAGCCAUUUGUACUCUGCACGGGAUAAAUCCUACUGACUCUGGUGAUGCCCUGUCUAGUGUCAUUUUACAGAUUGACAAUUUUGGUUCUUAGUGACAUAUAUUGAAAACUAUUGGAGAAAUUGUUAUGUAAAUUGUGGUGCAAAUAUGCAUUGAAAUCCUCAUGACUUUAGGGAUUCCCUGACAUUCACUUUUCAUCUAAAAUAUGACAACACAAUAUAGCAACAUGUGGAAACAUUGCUCUAUAUUGCAACUCGUGGUCAAAGUGGUCACAUUCAGUCUUAAUUAAUCAUAAACAAUGUAGACAUAUUAAACAUUUUAUUGCUGUGGUGUCAAACAUGCUGUGUCCCUAAGAUGGCUAAAGGCUUGUGAUUGACGUUCUUUUCAAUCAAUUCAGAUAUAAAACUUCAUGUUAAGAACAAUAAUUAUGUGACAUAGUUGUAGUGUCAUCCUGCUGCCACUAGAUAGUAAAGAUGUUAGUAAAGAGUCACGUCAACUACUUCCAAGAUCCUGUUAAGUAGCCUACACUGCUUGUCAGCAGUUUCACCAUCACAGCAGGUUUUAUUUCCAUCUAUCUUUCCAUCACAACUCAUUACAAUUGUCUAUCUUGCUGUUGUCUUUAUUCCUUUUAUUAUGGCUCACCUCUUGUUCUGUGUAUGUCUUACAUUUUUCACACCAUUUAUUAACAUUUCUCCUUUUUCUUUAUAGUUUUGUUUUCAUGAAAUUUAUUUAAAAAAUUCAUAAGAGCCAAGAGCAAAUAAAUAUUUUCUACUUUU